GGCAUUGUUUGAUCUACAGUCAUUUUUCUUUUCUUUUUUUAACUGUUUUUUUCUGCAUUUAUGUUUAGUUUUUUUGAAUGGUACAAGUUUUUAUAAACGUUUGCGUGAAGCAAGAAGAGGAGAGAUGGCAUCUACAAAACAAAAGAUGAGCAAGAACAAAGAUGAUGCUCCCCAUGAAUUGGAGAGCCAGUUUAUACUCAGACUGCCUCCGGAACAUGCUUCUACUGUGCGGAGGGCAGUCCAGUCUGGAAGUGUCAACUUGAAGGACAGGCUCACCAUAGAAUUGCAUGCAGAUGGCCGCCAUGGGAUUGUGCGAGUAGAUCGGGUCCCAUUAGCCUCCAGGCUGGUGGACUUGCCUUGUAUCACAGAGAGUUUAAAAACCAUCGAUAAGAAGACUUUUUAUAAGACAGCAGAUAUUUGCCAAAUGCUUGUUUGCACUGUGGAUGGUGAACUAUACCCUACUCAGGAAGAGCCAGCUCCGGCGACUACUGAUGUUAAAACUCCUUCAAGUACCGAUGUCAAAGCCAAUAAGAAGAAAGACAAAGACAGAGAGAAGAAGUUCCUCUGGAAUCAUGGCAUUACUCUCCCACUGAAGAAUGUGAGGAAGAGGCGGUUCAGGAAGACAGCUAAGAAGAAGGCCCAGUACAUUGAGUCUCCAGAUGUGGAAAAGGAAGUGAAGCGCCUGCUGAGCACAGACGCUGAAGCUGUCGGAGUCCGCUGGGAGGUCAUUGCCGAAGAUGAAACAAAAGACCCUGACAACCAUGGUUCACUCACAAGCCUGGAUAUUUCUUCUCCUGGGAUGUCUGGACACAAACCAAGCCAUGGUUCUGCAGCAAUAGAACAUGCUGAACUCCGGGAGAUGUUUAAGGAUGUCAGCAGUACCAGCAGUGAUGAGGAGGAGAGGGAUGACCUGAACAUCAUGGACACAGAAGAAGACUUAGCGAGGAGACUGCAGUGCAAGCUGAAUGAAUCAGAUGGGCAACAGCAAGAAAAUGAAGGGUCCAACCAGAUAGCCAUGGGAAUCCAGAAGCAGAUCGACAACCUGAAAGGCAAGUUGCAGGAGACUCAGGAGCGCAGAAAGCGCCAAGAAGAUCUCAUCAUGAAAGUAGAGAACCUAGCCCUCAAGACCCGCCUCCAAGCUGUGCUGGAUGAAUUCAAACAGCAGGAAGAGCGAGAGAAGCAGCAGCUGGCCUCUCUUCAAGAACAGCUAGAAGCCCUUAUGGAAAAAUAAUGGACCAGACGUGGACAGAAAAUACCAUCACUUGGGAAGACACUGGUUCCCUCGAGCACACACACAUGGUCGAUCUCCUGAUGAAGAUAGAAAAGUCUUGGUCCUUAAAAUUUAUUACAAUUUGCUGGAAGCCACCCAG